AAACGGCGUGGCAACUAGUGGUCUUCACAGCCAAACGUCAUCGUAUUCCCCUCUCAAUUCCCUUGGACGAUUACCCUCCUGCCUAGCAGCAAUAGCAACCAAACAAAUACAAGAAUCCCAGUCAAACCAACUACUUCCCAGCAGAAAUCAAGCAUAUUCAUCUCAAAGUCAAGAAGAAAUACUCCUCCUCCUCUUCCAAUGUCUAUCACCGCCAAUUUGACCUUCUUCUUCGUACUCCUAUCAUCGCUCGCCAUCUCAUCCUUCACCGACAAUCUCCCAACUACUUACGAUGUCCUCUCCGGAUACAACUUCCCGAUCGGUAUUCUUCCGAAAGGAGCCACAGGCUACGAUCUGGACAAAGCCACUGGCAGAUUUCGCGCCUAUCUGAACGGUUCGUGCAGUUUCUCUCUGGAAGGUUCGUAUCAGCUUAAGUACAAGUCCACAGUCAGUGGUUACAUAAGCGAGAACAGGCUGACGGAUUUGAGCGGAGUAAGUGUGAAGAUUUUGUUUUUUUGGUUAGAUAUUGUUGAGGUUGUUAGAAAAGGAGAUGAGCUUGAAUUUUCUGUCGGAAUUACUUCUGCCAGUUUUGCAAUUGAUAAUUUCUACGAGUGUCCACAGUGUGGGUGUGGGUUUAAUUGCAACAAUGUUGAGCAAGCAACCAAGCUUAGAUCCGGCUCCGGCCCUUUUGUUUCCUCUUUUUAGGGAUUUAUGUAUCUGUUGAUUAAAUGGGUAUUGAAUAACGGAAUGCUUAUCUUUUCUUUUAGUUGGAUUUGGGAUCGGAAUUGAAAUGUCAAUUUUUCCAAGAAGAAAAAGAAAUGGAAAUUGUUGUAUAUUUAUGCU